AUGGAUUAAUAACACAAUUAGGAUGAAGUACAACAAAAGGAAAUAUUAUUAAAAACAGAAAUACUUGAUAAAGGAUAUGAUCCUGAAAGAUUUAUAAACUUUAUGGAACUCUAGAAAGACAACGGUGGAUAAGACAUCGACAUGUGGACAUAUCAAGAACUAAUUUUAGCAAUCACUUCAUUUUAAUAGUCAAGUUAACCAUAAUUAGAUCAAUAGUUUCAAUCUUUUGCUUAUGAUAGAAAAUCAGAUAUUGAGGACAAAAAGUUAUCAUAUGUAGACUAGCAUUAAGAAAGCUAAAAUUCAACAUUUUUAAAUCAAUAGAAAGAACAAGAAUCAUAACCAAAUAAAGAUUUGAAUAUUAAAUUGGAUUAAUCGUAAAUUCAUUUAUGCAAAGUCUAGGAUAAAAAAUAAAUCUUGCAAUCCAAUGAAAUAAACGUUUACAUCACGAAAUAUCAGAGAAUACCAGGAGGCAUUUUUUCAUCAUCUUAUUAUUCAUAUACUGUUCAAACAGAUCCGAUAGGAUGGACUGUUUCAAGGAGAUAUAGCGAUUUCUUAUGGUUGAGAGACUUGUUGUGCAAAAUUUAUCCUGGAAAAAGUGUAAAUUCUUAAAAUUUAAACUAGAUUGCUCCAGUCUCAAAAAAAUCAGUUCUUAAAAAUGAAAAUGAGAUGUACAUUAAAAAACGAAUGAAAUAUUUAGAAAAAUUCUUAAAAUCAAUAUUUAAAUGUGAAUUAUUGAGGCAUGAUAAAUGGUUUUUUGCAUUUCUAUCAUCAAAAGAUGAAAAAGACUUUAAGUAAAUCUAAAAGUUAAGUACUUAAGUCUAAAAAGUAACCAAAUUAGAAUAGAUUAUUUCAAUGGAUGGUAAGAUUUAAUUAGAAAAUAAUGAAAACAUAAAUGUGUAUAAUAUAGAAGCUACAUAACUUGUCAAUUCAGUUGAUAUAUGUUAUAGAAAAUUAAGAAAGUCAUCUAAAUAAUUAUUGCUUGAUUUUGAUUAAUUAUCAAAUACUGUUUUUAAUAUGGGAUCAACUUGUGCUGAGCUUUACUAAUUAUCAAAUAAGUUUAAUUAAUCCAUUCCCUUAGGUAAAAUAUCAAAAUUAGAUAUAUUAAACAUAUCAAUGAAUAAUAUGUUUGUUUAGUGGGGCGAUAAUUUGACAGCUCAAAUCAAAAUAGUGUAAGAAGAACUUUGCUAUUUCUUUAAAUUUCAUCAUCAUUCAAUUUUAAUAUUAAAAGAAUUUAUGAAACAAAAAGAAUAAGCUCAAUAAGAAUAUGAAAGAUUUAAAUGUAGAUUGGAGCAAAAGAAAAAUAAAUUAUUUACAACGCAAGACUUAAGCAGAUGGGAAAUUCCUGCUAUUUAACUUAAAGCCUUAUAAGAUAGCAAUUUAACCUAAAACAAAGAAAUAAGCUUUUAAAUCAUGCUACCGUAGGAAACUGAGGUUUAAGAAGAUUUAAGAAAAUUUUUAACUUAUUAUAAUAACUAAUAAAGUGUGGAAGUGACGAAACUUCUUGAGAACACAGUUUCUGAAUUUUCAGAACAUUUUAAAACAUUUUGUAGUCUUCAAAAAGAGUAAUUAGCAGAGCAAAAGUUAAUAUGGGAUCAAAGCAUCUUAAACCUAACAAAUCUGCAAUUUCCUAAAGAACUAAUUAAAAAAUCUACUUGA